AUGGCAUCAUCCGUGCAGACCAAGCAGACGUCCAGUCACCCACGCAAACGCCAGUCUCGUCGUCGUGGUCUUCCGCUUGCCGACUCGAUCGAUAUACUAGACAAGACUGGGUUCGGUGGUGCUUAUCACCAUGGCGGGCCCUAUGACGCAACUCUUGCGGCCGUGAAUAAGAACAAGAAGUACGCGCCUCUGGAAGCUGUCAAAGAUUCCAACCUAGAGGCGCUACGAGCGACGCCAAAAGAGUACAUUGUGGACUCACUUGAGCGACACAUUCCCCUACAGGGGACAGGAACGAUACCGUCGGGCAUGCCAGACAUGAACGGAAACAUCAUGAACUACAAGGAGGGCGCAGAUUUGAUGCGUGAGGCUGAUGCGCCGGGCGGGGCGUUUAUGCGCUACGAUUUCAUCAAAUACCAUCCCGACGAUCUCAAGGGCAAGGGGGAGCCAUCGUUCAGCAUCGAGCGCAGCCUCAAAGAGCAGUCAAACAAGCCGUACAGACACAAGGUGUCGGCCAGCUACAGCGGCGGCAGCACGUAUGAGAUGAAAAACCAAUUCCGGCCGCUGUUGACGCCACCCAAGGAUGCCAAUGCGUCGAUCCGCCGUUCAAGCUUCAGCAGUUCCGCAACGGGUGCGUCCUGGCGGUCGCCAUCACCACUGGGCUCGGGCUUGCGGCCGCGCGCCCAGGACGACACCAUCUACUCCACCCAGACGGACCUGAGGCGGAAUGCCAGCCACGGCAACCGCAUCACAGAGGGGCUGAAGCGACGGCUCGAUAUCGCGGCUGGCCAGGCAACUUCCGACCGACUCUCCCAGCGCACGCAUCCACACGAGAAGACGAGUCUGGUGUUUACAAGCACACGCCCUGCAGCCAUGUCGCUGGUGCCUUUUCAUCCACAGGAGGGGCGCGAAAUCGUUCUCCGCCAUCGCAAUGCCAUUGUCGUGCGCGACCCGUCGUCGCAGCGGCUGGAGAUCCGCGGCAUCGCUGAGUGUCCGACCUGCCACCGGCCGAUGCGCGCGUCAUCGCCCACUCGCUCGCCGUUUGCCUCUGAUGUCGAUGGUGACUUCAUCCACCGUCACGAGGGCUAUGUCGACCCCAACUACUUUCGCAUGCUGCGUGCCGGCCACCACCAGCUGCGCGGGACCGACCAUCCGUCCCACGGCACGCCGUCCAGCCCUCUGCGGCGUUUCUUCCAACCGCUUGUCGGCCAAAGCACCCCGGGCGGAAAUUCCAGUCCGGCCGGCAGCACUGCCAGUGGAGCUUUGUCGGAGGAUGAAGACGCUGCCUCUGGGGGCUCUCCGAAAGCAGGCGCUACUGCAACCCUGGACUCGAGCCCCAUCGGCAAAGAGGCCUUCAGUCCGCACUAUUUCAAGACCUUCUUUGUCGAGGAGCGGGAGCUUGGUCGUGGUGGCAAAGGUGUCGUCCUGCUCGUUCGACACGAGAUUGACGGCCUUCAGCUGGGCCACUUUGCCUGCAAGCGUGUGCCUGUCGGCGAUGAUCAUGCCUGGCUUGAGAAAGUUUUGGUCGAGGUUGAGCUGCUGGCCAAGCUCUCCCACCCAAACCUCGUGUCCUACCGCCAUGUCUGGCUCGAAAACGUCACACUCAACCGCUUCGGCCCCAGCGUUGCCUGUGCCUUCAUCCUUCAGCAGUACUGCAACGGUGGCGAUCUGCAGAAUUACAUCAUCGGCGAUCAGCCCAAGGAGGCGACCAAGGAAGAGCUCAAGGCCCAGAUGCGACGACGGUCCAGGGGCCAGGCCGAACGGCCUCGAAACCCGUUUUCACCCUCGGCUGCAUCUCGCAGACAGCUGCAGUUCGACGAGAUCUACUCCCUCUUCCGCGACAUCACCUCCGGCCUGGCCUACUUGCAUGCCGCUAACUACAUCCAUCGAGAUCUCAAGCCCAGCAACUGCCUGCUGCACCGCGAAGGCCGCAAUCUCACCUGUCUCAUCAGCGACUUUGGCGAGGUCCAGCCGGAGAACGUUGUCCGCCGGUCCACCGGCACUACCGGCACCAUUUCGUACUGUGCUCCCGAGGUUCUCCGGCGGGACGCCAAUGGGCUGUACGGCAACUUCACCACCAAAUCAGACAUCUUCUCCUUGGGUAUGAUCCUGUAUUUUAUGUGUUUUGGCCGUCUGCCCUACCGCAGUGCCAACACGCUCCACGAGGAGCUCGAGGAUAUUACCCAACUACGUGCCGAAAUUUCCAACUGGAAGGGCUUCCAGUACGAGCGGCGCGAGCGGCCAGACCUUCCCUCGAAGCUCUACCAGCUCCUCACCAAGCUGCUGUCCGUCCAACCGGCCGAGCGGCCCAGUGCGACCGAUGUUCUGCUCGUCAUGCGGACCACCGAGUCCGGCCUGGACGGCUUCUCGCGCAAUGGGAAUUCCACCAUGAGCCAGACGAUGAAUAUGUCCGGUCGCCGGCUUCAAAAUCUCGACUCAGGCGUCUCGUCAGGCACGUCUAUGCCAGAUACCGUGAAUACCAGAAAGGGAAGCCUGAAUUCGCUUUCAUCCCCGGCGGAUCACCUGGACGAGUUUGCCGUUGUGGACUCAGACGACGCCUCGUCGCCGAAAUUAACGCCCCGGGACAGCCUGCAGAAGAGCAGGCCAUCCACCCUGACGCUGACGCACAGCCAGGAGAGAGGUCUGAACCGGUCUCCCGAACGGCGGACUGCAGCUGUUUCUGACAGCUCCGGGCCCCGCUCUCUGUCGCCCGGUGCCCCAGCUCCGUCGUCUCCGCAAAACACCAACACGCCUCUCCUGAUGCCACCUCCGGCCACCUUUCUUGGCGAGAUACAACACCGGACACGACUGGCUCAGCACUUUGUCCUGCUCUUUUCUCGGCAGCAUGCGGAGGCUGUCACCUUUCUUCUUCGCAUCACUCUCUUCUUCCUUAAAAUAGUCACCCUCGCGAAGCCUUGUUGGCCAUUCAUGGCCCAGUGGGGGAUCGGUGCGCCCCUCGUGUUUGUCGCCGGGUUGGAUCUGGGGCUUCCUGAUGAAAGCGGCGGACGUUUGGGAUUCCAGCAGGAUGAAGCCCCUCAGUAUCGUCACAGGCCCCGUCCGAGAUCCCCGUUUUGGGAAAGGAGCUGGCGUGUGAGCAUGCUCUUGCUCGCGCUGCACUUCUUCAUCUUGUGGACUGCUUCCCACUCAGGAGUUCUCUGCACGGUCAACAGCCAUAAGCCGUGGACAGAAUGGUGA